GCAGUGGGUGACGCUGGUGACGCUGGUGACGCCAGUGGGCAUCAGAGGUUCCACGGCUGCGUCUGUGUCAGUUCAGCAUCUCCGGUGUCAUUGCACUGAAUCUGCGGAGCCGCUUCACCGACACAAGUAUCAUCCAGGACAAGCUGCCAUGGGGAAGGAAAAGCUCCACAUUAACAUUGUGGUCAUAGGACAUGUUGACUCAGGCAAGUCCACCACCACUGGCCACCUCAUCUACAAGUGUGGAGGCAUUGACAAGAGAACGAUCGAAAAGUUUGAGAAGGAAGCUGCUGAGAUGGGAAAGGGGUCCUUCAAAUAUGCCUGGGUUCUGGAUAAGUUGAAGGCAGAACGUGAGCGGGGCAUCACCAUUGAUAUCUCUCUGUGGAAGUUUGAGACCAGCAAAUACUACGUCACCAUCAUUGACGCUCCAGGACACAGAGACUUCAUCAAGAACAUGAUCACUGGGACGUCUCAGGCAGACUGUGCGGUGCUGAUCGUGGCUGCAGGUGUGGGCGAAUUUGAAGCUGGCAUCUCAAAGAACGGCCAGACUCGUGAACAUGCCCUGCUUGCCUACACCCUCGGAGUCAAGCAGCUUAUUGUGGGCAUUAACAAGAUGGAUUCUACUGAGCCCAACUACAGCCAGAAGCGCUAUGAUGAAAUUGUUAAGGAAGUCAGCACUUACAUCAAGAAGAUUGGCUACAAUCCUGAUACAGUGGCCUUUGUACCCAUCUCUGGCUGGAAUGGAGACAACAUGCUGGAACCCAGCCCCAAUAUGACCUGGUUCAAGGGCUGGAAGAUCAACCGUAAAGAUGGGAAUGCCUCUGGAACCACACUGCUGGAGGCUCUGGAUGCCAUCCAGCCCCCUACACGCCCCACCGACAAGCCCCUCCGCCUGCCUCUGCAGGACGUCUAUAAGAUUGGAGGCAUUGGGACCGUGCCAGUUGGCCGAGUGGAGACAGGUGUCCUAAAACCUGGCAUGGUAGUGACCUUUGCCCCCGUCAAUGUGACCACUGAGGUGAAGUCUGUGGAAAUGCACCACGAGGCCCUGACCGAGGCCCUGCCUGGGGACAAUGUUGGCUUUAAUGUGAAGAACGUGUCUGUCAAAGAUAUUCGCCGUGGCAACGUGGCUGGUGAUAGCAGGAGUGACCCGCCACAGGAGGCCGCCAGCUUCACCUCCCAGGUGAUCAUCCUGAACCAUCCUGGGCAGAUCAGUGCUGGCUAUGCCCCUGUGCUGGACUGCCACACUGCACACAUCGCAUGCAAGUUUGCAGAGCUCAAAGAAAAGAUCGACCGUCGCUCUGGGAAAAAACUUGAAGACAAUCCUAAAUCCCUGAAGUCAGGAGAUGCUGCUAUUGUGGACAUGAUCCCUGGAAAGCCCAUGUGUGUGGAGAGCUUCUCUGAGUACCCACCGCUCGGGCGGUUUGCUGUCCGUGACAUGCGUCAGACGGUGGCGGUGGGAGUGAUUAAAGGUGUGGAAAAGAAAGCCCCCACCAGCGGUAAGAUCACCAAGUCUGCGCAGAAGGCACAGAAGGCCAAAUGAACGUUGUGCUGGGCUGCUGCCCCAAACGCUCACCAUGGCCGAAGACACACUAGCACCCCCCCCCUUCUGCGCACCAUAGUCAGCGUCUGGUCUAUUAUCACAAUGCAUCGCAAAAGCAGACGAAGGAAAAAAAGAAACACUCAUACCUCACAGUUAGUGAUUAACAUACUGUUACAUGGAAGUUUUCUUGUCACUUGAUUUGUGGCAGAACAAAACUAAUUUGCAUAACUGGCUUUCUGGUUGUGUGCUGUUGUAGUUAGCAUAAAAUUGCUCAUGGACUUAGCCAACAAACGUAGUUGUUUAGCGCCAAUAUUAAGACUGAGAUGUUCCUUUUCCAGCUCUUUAUUGAAGGAAAGUGUUCUAGCUUUAAAAGAGAUUAGCUUAUUAGCCACAGGUAGGCUAGCUGCUUGCAUGUUCCCUGUUUGCACCUUAGAAAAGCAAGAAUCAGCAAUUUUGAACAUCAUUCCUAGCACUUUGCUUGACUUAUGCUCCCUUGCAGAAGCACUGUAAAAUGUUAGUUAAUGUUCAGUUCAUGCACCUUAAUCACUGUUAUUUGUGAGAACAUGUUCAUAAAAGUAAAGAUGUUUAAACAGUA